AUAUGAAACAUAUUCGUGUCUUACUGCACUAUAAAAUAUAUUUACCAACCUUAUUAUACAUUCACAGCAGGAAUGUAUUAUGCAUUUUAAGCCCAUAAGCCCAUUUUAACUCUCUUGUAGUCAUUUUUUUGUAAGAGCAAAACCUAGUCAUGCUUUGCAAAAGACUGACUCAGACUCAUGCUGUGACAAAGUUUAAACAAAGUGUUUAAAGUCCAAAUGAACCAUACAGCAAAUUAAGAACUCUAUACAGCUUGAUAAUGUUCAUUUAUAUUUAAAAUACCAUAUAAUUCUGUAUAGUUUAGAGAGAGAGAGAGAGAGAAAGAGAGAGAGAGAGAGAAAGGUGGGCUUAGUAAAUCUGGAGGAGGAGAAAAACACUUGUAGGGCCUUUCAUCCAAGAAAUACUUUACCCUGCUUUAGUUUUCAGCUCUGAAAAGGCACCGUGUAGAAGGAAAGUUAAAGAACAAGAGCUUUUUAUAGAUCACGCUGGUUUAAAAUGAGGAAAACUAAAUGGAAGUUUACACAAAGGAAAAGUCAACGCUAAGCUCAGGAGACCGAAGUCAUUAAUAGAGUCACAAAUAACCAGAUUUUUGGAAAGCUUUUCCUUUCGAUUGGAACAAAAGUAAGUGAAAAUGGAUCAGGAACGCUGUGGGAUCUCAGGGUCUUCCUGUAAUGUUAAGGACUCAAUCCAGUCAUUGACAUCCAGUCUGGGCUCUCAGAAUACUCUGCUGAGCAGAUGCACAGUGUCCCCCGCUGCAGAGAGACUGCGUCACAUUCUCCGAGAAGAUGAUGAACCCACACCCACUCUCUUCACUGAGAUGGACACACUGCAGCAUGAGGGGGGAGAGAUGGAGUGGAAAGAGUCGGCCAGGUGGAUUAAGUUUGAGGAGAAGGUCGAGGAGGGUGGAGAGAGAUGGAGCAAACCACAUGUGUCAACAUUGUCUCUCCACAGCCUGUUUGAACUGCGUACGUGUCUGCAAACCGGCUGCAUUCUGCUGGAUCUGGAGGGAUAUUCACUGCCGCAGAUAGUGGAUACCAUCAUUAAUAAGCAGGUGCAGGAGGGUCUCAUAGCUCCAGAGAUUCGUGAGAAGAUCAGUUUUGUUCUCUUGCGGAAGCACCGUCAUCAGACCAAGAAGCCCAUCCAUCGCUCGCUGGCCGACAUCGGAAAAUCCAGCCCUUCCAACCGCAGUCCGAUCCCCAGUCCUCGCUCUGGCUCAGGUUUUCAUCGCUCUACUGAGGACCUGCGUUCUCGACAGAGCGGAGGCCUCAGCAAACUGCAUCCUUCUCAGUGCCGCAGUAUGAAUGAUAUUUCCAUCACGCCCAAUAGUGAUCAGCUGAAAAAUAAGUUCAUGAAGAAGAUCCCGAGGGACGCAGAGGCGUCUAACGUACUUAUUGGAGAGGUGGAUUUUUUGGACAAGCCGCUUGUGGCGUUUGUCCGCCUGGCUCAAGCCACAACACUCGGGGGUCUCACCGAAGUCCCCGUACCAACCAGGUUUCUCUUUGUACUGCUCGGACCCAAUGGCAAGACCAGAUCCUACAAUGAGAUCGGCCGUGCGAUGGCCACACUUAUGGUUGAUGAUCUCUUCAGUGAUGUCGCCUACAAAGCCAGAGAUCGUGAAGAUUUGAUCGCUGGUAUCGAUGAGUUUUUAGAUGAGGUGAUAGUUCUUCCUCCAGGAGAAUGGGACCCAAAAAUUCGCAUUGAGCCUCCCAAAAAACUCCCUUCAGCUGAAAUGAGGAAGUCUGUUUUUUCUCUGAACGAGUUGGGUCAGCCGAAUGGAAAUGCAGGGGGAGGUCCAGCGUCUGCCGAAGAUGAGGAGAUGCCUGCACCUCAUGAACUCGGAGAGGAGCUGAAGUUCACUGGCCGAUUUUGUGGUGGGCUCUGGCUUGACAUAAAGAGGAAGGUGCCCUGGUUCCUCAGUGACAUCUACGAGGGCUUCCACAUCCAGUCCAUUUCAGCCGUGCUCUUCAUUUACCUGGGCUGCAUCACUAACGCCAUCACCUUUGGAGGACUUCUGGGGGACGCUACAGACAACUACCAGGGUGUGAUGGAAAGUUUUUUGGGCACGGCUUUGGCCGGUGCCGUCUUCUGCUUGUUUGGUGGUCAACCCCUCAUCAUCCUCAGCUCUACAGGACCGAUACUGAUCUUUGAAAAGCUUCUCUAUGAAUUUAGCAAGAACAAUGAAAUCGACUAUAUGGAGCUUCGGCUCUGGAUCGGCCUGCACUCGUGUCUUCAAUGUUUGAUCCUGGUGGCCACAGACGCCAGCUACAUCAUCAAAUACAUGACACGCUUCACAGAGGAAGGCUUCUCCAGCCUCAUCUCCUUCAUCUUCAUCUCUGAUGCCCUUAAGAAAAUGACAGGAACAUUUAACUAUUACCCCAUCGAUCGAGACUUUAAGCCGGAUGACAUCACCACGUACAGGUGUGACUGCCUGCCUCCUGAUCAAGUUUCUUCAUUGGCUCAUAAUGCUUCUGCUCCGUUAGGCAUAGAAAACUUCACAGAUUACUCUAUGUUUAAUUUCUCAGCUAUGUACUGGAGUCAGCUGAAUAAGAAAGACUGUGUGAAUUUCGGCGGUUCACUGGCGGGCAAAUCCUGCAAAUAUAUCCCUGAUCUGGCACUGUUGUCUCUCAUCCUGUUCUUCGGCACUUACUCCAUGACCAUCUCGCUCAAGAAGUUCAAAUCCAGCCGGUACUUCCCUACAAAGUGUCGUGCCUUGAUAGGAGAUUUUGCCAUAAUUAUAUCCAUCCUGGUCUUCUGUCUUCUGGAUUAUGUGAUGUCAUUGGACACACCCAAACUGCAUGUGCCCACCCAGAUUAAGCUUCGGAAACUCAUCAGUGAUUUUGCAAUCUUCACAUCAAUCAUGACAUUUGUUGGUCUUGAUAUGUUUAUGGGGCUUAAAACGCCUAAACUGAUUGUCCCAACUGAAUUUAAGCCCACACGACCGGACCGUGGUUGGAUCGUAAUGCCUUUAGGAAAGAACUCCUGGUGGAUUUGUCUGGCCAGCUUUGUGCCUGCACUACUGGUCACCAUAUUAAUCUUUAUGGAUCAGCAGAUCACUGCCGUCAUCGUCAACCGUAAAGAAAAUAAGCUAAAGAAAGGUUGUGGUUAUCACCUGGAUCUGUUCUGGGUGGGCGUCCUCAUGGCCAUUUGCUCAUUCAUGGGUUUGCCCUGGUACGUAGCGGCCACUGUCAUCUCGAUCGCCCACAUUGACUCCCUGAAGAUGGAGAGCGAGUCCAGCGCCCCUGGCGAACAGCCUCAGUUCCUCGGUGUACGAGAACAAAGACUUACAGGCACAUUAGUGUUUGUAUUGACCGGAGUCUCAGUGUUUCUUGCACCAGUACUACAGUACAUCCCCAUGCCUGUGCUGUAUGGAGUAUUUCUUUAUAUGGGUGUCGCCUCUCUCCAUGGUAUUCAGUUUUGGGAAAGGAUAAAGCUUUACCUCAUGCCGGCCAAACAUCAGCCUGAUUUUGCUUUCUUGCGACACGUCCCCCUGCGCCGCGUGCACCUCUUUACCCUGGUGCAGAUCACCUGUCUGGCCGUCCUCUGGAUCCUGAAAUCCACCGUGGCAGCCAUCAUAUUUCCAGUCAUGAUUCUCGGCCUGAUGGUCGUGCGGAAGAUGUUGGACCUGGUCUUUUCACAGCAUGACCUGGCCUGGCUGGACGACAUCCUGCCUGACAAAGACAAGAAGAAGAAAGAGGACGAGAAGAAAAAGAAAGAGAAGAAGAAAGUGAAAGCAGAAGAACAAAACAACAGUGAUGAAGAGUCAAAGAGUCCCAGAGAUUCCCAGCUCUCUGUAAAGAUUCCUCUAGAGCUCAUGAGUCCAUCAACUCAUCCACCAUGUUUAUCAAUCCCUCCUAAAUCCGAUCCAUCACCCUCUGACUAAGUCUGAAGUCACCUGACAUGGAUGAAGUUCCUGAGCCUUACAGCAUCCCAAAGCUUCCGCCUGAUUCUUGAUCUUCACACAUAAACUGUUUGUCCUCACACUCCUCAUGAGACACAUUCACACACAUACACAUCACUGCCAGUUUUACAGUAAACACACAGAUGCAUGAUAUUUUUAUGUGCAUGACCAACGCAACAAUUGACGCACGUUUCCAAACCCACACUGACCAGUGAGUCAUUCGAACCUUGGAUCUUUCUCAAGAUUAAAUCUUUCACAGAGCUGCUGCCAGUUUGGCUCGUAUGCCCUGAUGAGCUCACAAUGAACAUUCAGUGCGUGUUUUAGAUCAGUAGAGGAGAUUCACACAUGUAUAUUUAGAUAAGAGUGAUGCAAUUAAAAUGAUACCUGAAGAAAUAACCAUACGCAGCAGAAGAGGGUUGAACUAAGUUAAUGAUUUUAUUAUCCGAUCAUGUAUGUAUUUGCACUGUGUGAUAUUAAAUAUGAAUUUUAUAGGAUAUAGUAAGAUGAUCACAAAUAAAUUGAAUUGUAGGUAAACAAAUAACUAUGUCUAGUUAGUAGAAUUUAUUUGAAUUAAACGCAUUAUUAUUUUCAAUAUAGAUUUUGGGUUAAUUUUGUAGCAUUUUCUAUUUAAAAAUCGGAUGAGAGAUAUUUAAUG